GCCGGCUGGUUCUCUCUCUCAUGAGUUUGCAUGUCGGGCAGCAGACAGCCCUGCCUCUUUCUCUGCUACGUCACAGCAGAGCAGGACUACCCUGAUGCUGAGAGCAGGAAACCAGCAACCAGCCUGACAAACACCGGCUGCUGCUGCUGCUGCAUCUAGACAGACCUCUUGGAUCUCUUUUAGACGUUACGGUGCCUUUUUUUAUUUGCUUUCCUUUUCUUCACUCUCAUUGUGAGCCUGCCAAAACAGAAGAGCUGGAUCUGGAUUGACAUAAAGGGAAUCCUGCCGCUGCUAACUCUCCAAACCUUUUGGAUUCUAUUCUUCAUCUUCUUACUUAUGUUAUUAUUCUGAACAUUAUUAUCAUCUUUUUUGGGAUUACAGCUGUGCCUUUAUACUAUAGAGGUCAAGUGGAUUUCUGAAGACUGGAUCCAACAAAAAGUAAUUCAGAAGACUCUGUAAACUCCAUUUACAUGGAUUUACAUGGAGUACAUCUGACAAACUGGACUUAAUCAAGACUCUUGGCGUCUGAAUGAUCCAUUGCCAGGUUCAUUCUCAAAGCCAUCUUACUAGACUUUUCUUAAAAAUACAAAAUACAGCUUGGUUCAAGACAGACUUUGGACUGCAGAUGUGGAGCAUCUGUGCUUGUAUACGAACAUUGUGACCUAUGAGUAAGAAGUGGUGUUAAUGGUUGUGUUCCCCAGUGGUGCUGACGAAUGGAUACCUCAUCACUGCUGACUCACUACUGGGCCAAAGAUGCCACACUCCAUUGCCCUCACAUUAGACUUGAAGCCUUUAACUUUGGUUUUAUUUGGGGGAAAAAGAUCAUUAAUCGGAACAGUUUGAACAUUGAGCCACAAUCUCUUACUUGUUUCACUUAAUUUUCACUUCUGGAUAUCUGAAGACACAAUUUCAAUUGUCCUCCGAGGUGGAAAGAUAAAGGAAAGCCUUUCAUUUCAUUGUUCCAGAGUGGAUCAACAAUGCUUUCAAAAAUCCCGUCCAUCUCGUCUUCAAACACUUCCCCUUGGCCUUUUUAAACCAAGGACAUUGAUUGGUUUCUUCUUCAGACUAACUAACUAACCCUGCUCAAACUAAAAACAAGUUUGUUUGGACGCAUCAGAAGCCAAUUUUUCCUUUUACGCUUGGAUAGGAAAUUACACCCACCAUGGGAUAAGUAUACGUUGAACUCAGUGCUAAGCUAAACCCUCGUUCAUCAUGGUGGUGACUCGUUUGGAGCUCGAGCUACGCUACCAGGGCAAGAAGCUACGUGGCGUGACGUGGAAGUUGACUCGAUCGGAACAUGGUUUCCUUCCAGAGAGCUCCUGGCUCAUCGCUGCCCAGGUGAUCGUGCCGUACCUGGUGUCAGGGCUUGGGAUGGUCUCCGCCGGGAUUGUUAUGGACCUUAUACAACACUGGGAGGUGUUUAAGGUGAUAACGGAGGUGUUCAUCCUGGUGCCUGCGCUGGUUGGACUCAAAGGAAACCUGGAGAUGACCCUGGCUGCUCGCCUCUCCACUGCUGCCAACACAGGCCAGAUGGACGACCCUGAUAAACAGUGGACCAUGGUGUGCAGUAAUCUGGCUCUGAUACAGGUUCAGGCGACGGUGGUGGGCUUCCUGGCAGCAGUAGCAGCUGUGUGUCUAGGCUCCAUCUCCAGAGGAGGGAUUGAACUGGACCAGGCAGCUGUUCUCUGUGCCAGCAGCAUCACUACUGCCUUUGUAGCUGCUCUUUCACUAGGCCUGGUGAUGAUCGGAGUCAUCAUCGGCUCCAGGAAGGUGGGCAUCAACCCCGACAACGUGGCCACGCCCAUCGCUGCCAGUCUGGGGGACCUGAUCACGCUGUCCCUGCUGGCCGGGGUCAGCAGCACGCUCUACCAGUACAAAGAGGUCUGGUACCUGGCCCCCCUGGUGUGUCUGGUCUUCCUGGCUCUGAUCCCGGUCUGGGUCCUGGUGGCCCGGCAGAGUCCUCAGAUCAGGGAGGUGCUCCGCUCCGGCUGGCAGCCUGUUAUAGUCGCCAUGUCCAUCAGCAGUUUCGGAGGCCUGAUCCUGGAUAAGACAGUGAGUGAUCCUAACUUUAAGGGCAUGGCCGUCUUCACGCCCGUCAUUAACGGAGUGGGUGGUAACCUGGUGGCCAUCCAGGCCAGCAGGAUCUCCACCUACCUUCACUUCUGGAGCAUCCCCGGUGUUCUGCCCUACAAGAUGAGGCAGUACUGGCCCAACCCCUGCAUCACCUUCUUCUCCUCAGGGGUGAACUCCAAGUCAGCGCGGGUCCUCCUGAUGCUGGUGGUCCCGGGUCACAUGGUCUUCCUCUACGCCAUCUCUCUGCUGCAGGGAGACGAGGCGCCCAUCAGCCUCGCCUUCGUCAUCUGCUACCUGUGUGCCGCUACGCUACAGGUGGCCAUCCUGCUUUACUUUGCCGACCUGAUCAUCCGGGCGAUGUGGAGACGGAGUCUGGACCCCGACAACUUCUCCAUCCCGUACCUGACGGCCCUGGGGGACCUGCUGGGGACCGGCUUCCUGGCCCUCUGCUUCCGCUGCGUGUCGCUGCUGCAGAGCCUGGCCCUCUGAACGUCCCCCCUAGAGUCCCCCCACUGAACUUUCAGCCAGCCACUGUCCCGUCAUGCACCAGUUUCACUAUAUUUACACGGAUAAUAUGCUUUUAAAUUGGACAAUAAAGCGUUUUCUGAUGGUCCAGGAAUCUGCCAGACCCUCCCAUUCACACCCGUCCAGCCAGUCGUAUUAUUUAUUUAACGGAUUUAAAAGACUUUAAAAGUUCUAGUUCUGUCUGUCAGCGUAUUGAACUUUUAUUUUGUAAUCAUUCCUCUUUAUCUGUCUUUUAGUUUUCCUGCAUUAACUAAAUGUGCACUGUAAAAAAAAAAAAAGGUGUUUAGUCUAAAAACCAGAUCAAACAGUAAAUCUGAGGGAAAUGAUCUUGCUGCAUGGACAGAUAAUUUACCUUGACAAGAUUUCUGAAAUCAAGAUUAUUAAAUCUGGAAAUAAGCAUGUUGAACACUUAAAAUAAGAAAUUAACUGACCAAAAAAUACAGUCAUGGAAAAAAAGUAUUAAUCCACCAUUGUUUUCUUCAGUUUCUUGUUCAUUUUAAUGUCUGGUUCAACUAAAGGUUCAUUUGUUUGGACCAAUAUAAUGAUAACAACAAAAAUUGCUGAUAAGAGUUUAAUUUAAGAGCUGAUAUCUAGACAUUUAACAUGGUUUUAUUCAUAAUGAUUUUGGUCAUUAUCAAGAAUGUUUCCAUGACUGUAGAUGUAAAAAUGACUAAAAAAUACACAAAAUUACCAAAAAUAGAAGUAAAAAUUACGGAAAAUGACACAAAUUGAUCAAAGAUAGAUGUAAGAUGACCAAAAAAGGACACAAAAUGACCAAAAAUACAGUUAUGUUAAAAGUAUUAAACCACCCUUGUUUUCUUCAGUUUCUUUUUUUCUUUUCUUCUUCAUAAUGAUUUUGGUUAUUAUGAAUAAAACCAUGCUAAAUGUUUAGAUGUCAGCUCCUAAAUUAAACUCUUAAAAUACAGAAAUUGACCAAAAAAAGACACAAAAUGAUCAAAAAAGAAACAAAAUUACCAAAAAUAGAUGUAACAAUGACCACUAAAAAGACACAAAUUGACAAAAAAAAGAAACAAAAUUACCAAAAAUAGAUGUAAAAAUGACCACUUAAAAGACACAAAUUGACAAAAAAAAGACACAAAAUGACCAAAAAUAGAUGUAAAAAUGACCACUAAAAAGACACAAUGAUGAAAUUAAGAGAAAAAAGAUUGAAAAAACUUUAGAUUUAGAAGUGUUAGAUCAUUUAUCUUGUUUUAAGAGUUAAUUUCUUAUUUUAAGUGUUCCACAUGCUUAUUUCUAGAUUUAAUCAUCUUAAUUUGAUACAUCUUGUCAAAGUAAAUUAUCUGUCCAUGCAGCAAGAUCAUUUCCCUCAGAUUUACUGUUUUAUCUGGUUUUAAACACCUUCCUGCAGUGUGAGUGUUGUGGCUCUGAGCUCAUCAGCUUCUGUUUGAGGACUUUUCUUGUCUUGAUGUGGAUCAAACAGACUUGAAGCCGUCCGUGUUGAGGUGGGCUGUACUAUGCAUUAAUGCUGGGAGUCGUGGAGGUUAAAUAACUUCAGUAGUGCUGCACUAACUGGAGUUUUCAUGGAUGUACAUUAUGUCCGAAUGGGACAGAUUUAAUGCAAAUCAGGUUACACAGAGGAAUGUUCCUUCAUCACAUGAAAAACAACUGAUCAUCUCAUGUAUUUUAUGUACAAGAACCCUGAUUCUGGAAAAGUUGGGACACUUUAAUUAACCCUUUGAUGCACAACAUUAAUUUCCCAUGUUAUUUAAUGCUGCUGUGUGUUUCUGUGCCCUAUCUUUUGAUAUCAGCUUAUUUUAUGAUUGAAUAUUCCAAGUAUUCUUUAAAUAUCUUGUUUAUGAUAACAACAGAUCAUUAUUUCCAUUUUGCCUCUCAUACUUUAUGGAGAAAAAAAGUUUUUGUAUUAUUAGCUAACUA